AUGGGUUAUCAUCAACGUGGUGGAUUCGGCAACUACGGAUUCGCCGGAAAUAAGCGAAAAACUUGGGAUGACGAGGAUUUCGGAGAGAAUGCUGAAGAAUAUAAAGAAGAAGAGGAGGAAGAACCGCAGGAGCAUAGAAAUGCGAAUCGUCAACCAAUUGCGAAGCGGGCUAAAACAGAAGAGGGAGCUGAAAAUGCGGGGGGAAACGGAAAUGAGUUCAGAGGGUCACGUGGAACUUCGGCAAUUCGGCAAAGAUUUGAGAAGGCGGCGAUGAAGCAGUGGAGAUUGAUUAUUAGAAAUAUGCCGUUUAAAGUGAGCGAAAAACAUAAUUGCCACGUCAUAACUCAAUAAUUUCCAGACCAAAAAAGAGGAUCUUCAAAACAUUUGUUCGAAUUUCGGAAGAUUUGUAGAGAUUGUUCUCCCGCCAUCGAAAAAGAACCCGAAAUCGAUCGCCGGUUUUGGUUUCAUCCAAUUUGUUAAGAAAGAGGAUGCAGAAAAGGCUAGAGAGUGGUUUAAUGCGAAUAAGAUUUUGGGUAGAAGUGUGGCUGCGGAUUGGGCACUGGAUAAGGAUACUUUUGAGACGAAUGCACAUGAGGAGAAGGCGAAUUUGAAGAAGAAGGUGAAGGUGGAAAAAAUGGAGGAGGAAAAGAAAGAAGAAGAGAAUGAUGAGGAAGAAGAGGAUAGGUGAGGAUUUUAUGGGGAAAAAUAAAUUGACAAUUUUUGACAUAAAAAAUAGGGUUUUGGGGGGUUUUUGAGCUAGAAAACUUUUUUUUAGAUAGAACAGCAAAAAUCCUGAAAAUUUGAAUUUUUCAUGAAAUUUGGAGCAUUUUGAGCUCAAAUAUGAUUUAUUUUGGAUCUAAAAAACAAUAAUAACAUUUUCUCUCAAAAAUGAAAUUUUUAAGUGAACGUUUUGAAACAGUGAAGUUUUUUAAACCCAAAAUUCAUGAAAAUUAAUCAAUUUCAACAGAUUUUCUCAAUUUUUCAUGAAAUUUGGAGCAUUUUGAGCUCAAACAUGGCUCUGAUUUCAGAUGGGAAAAUUUUGGUUUUGAAAAAUUGAUUUUUCAGCACAAAAUUCACUAGAUUUCAACUUAAAAAUGAAAAGUUUAUGUAUUUCUGAAAUAUCAUUGUUCUUUCAUAUUCCAAUUUUUAUAUGAAAAUUUAGAAACAGUGAAUUUUUUGAACCAAAAUUCCUGAAAAUUUGAAUUUUUCAUAAUUUUUGGAGCAUUUUGAGCUUGAACAUGGCUCUAAUUCCACGUGGAAAUUUUAAUCUUAAAAAUUGGUUUUUCAGCACAAAAUUCACUAGAUUUCAACCUGUCAAUGAAAAUUUUGAUUAUUUUUGAAAUAUCCAACGUUUUUCUUCAAAAUUCCAGUUUUUUAAUGAAAAGUUUUGAAACAGUGAUUUUUUUUGAACCAAAAAUUCUUGAAAAUCUGAAUUUUUCAUAAAAUUUGGAGCAUUUUGAGCUCAAACAUGGCUGUAAUUCCACGUGGAAAAUUUUUAUCUUCAAAAUUGGUUCUUACCACAAAAUUCACUAGAUUUCAACCUGAAAAUGAAAAGUUUAUGUAUUUCUGAAAUAUCUUCAUCAUUGUUCUUUCAAAUUCCAAUUUUUAUAUGAAAAAUUUGAAACAGUGAAUUUUUUCGAACCAAAAAAUUCCUGAAAAUCUGAAUUUUUCAUGAUUUUUGGAGCAUUUUGAGCUCUAAUUCCACGUGGAAAAUUUUGCUUUUGAAAAUUUGGUUUUUUAGCACAAAAUUCACCAGAUUUCAACCUGAAAAUGAAAAUUUCGGCUCCUAUCAAACAGAAUGCAUCAUUUUUCUUUCAAAUUCCAAUUUUUAUAUGAAAAUUUUGAAACAGUGAAUUUUUUUUUGAAUAAAAAAUCCUGAAAAUUUGUAUUUUUCAUGAUUUUUGGAGCAUUUUGAGCUCAAAUAUGAUUUAUUUGGAAGCUAAACAUUAAAAAUAACAUUUUUUUUUAGAAUUUUCAUAUAGAACUCUGAAUUUCAAUUGAGAAAAAAGCUUCAAAAUUCAUUUUUUUUUCAGCGAAAAUGAAUCAGAAUCCGAAUCUGAAAAUGAAGAAGAAGAAGAUGAAGAAACCCCCAAAAAAUCGUCCAAAAAAUCCACGAAAAAAGAAAUCAAAACGGAUCAAAAUGUGAUUGAUGGAAAAGUUGUGUUUUUGAGAAGUUUGGCAUUUGACACAAAAAUCGAGACGAUUAAAGAGGAAUUGGCCAGAUUUGGAAUUAUUGAUUUGGCCAUUAUUUGCAAAUAUAAAGAUAGUGGACAUCCGAAAGGUGAAUCUUCAUGAAAAUUCGCUGAAAAUCAAUAAAUUUAAGUUGGAAAGUGUGUAAAUUCAUGAUUUCUGACUGAAAUUUGCUGAAAAUUGUGAAAAGCAAGAAUUUUCCACUGGAUUUAAUACAGGAAUUUCUGAAAAUCUAGAGAUUUUCAAUAAAAUAUAUGUUUUCUGGUAGUUUGAUCUCUAAAAUUGCAGAAUUCCACUCCUAAUAUGAGUUAUGACGUGGCAAAGUUGGGAAAUUUCGGGAUUUUUGGAGCUGAGACCUGAAAAAAGCUUCAAAAAUGAUUUUCAUGCGAAUCUGAUAGAAAAAACCCUAUUCUAUCAGAUAUGCAUGGGGAAAAAAUCAUUUUUGCAGCUUUUUCAGGUUUCAGCUCCUAAAAUCCCGAAAUUCUCCAAUUUAGCCACGUCAUAACUCAUAUUAGGAGUGGAAUUCUGCAAUUUUAGAGAUCAAACUACCAGAAAACAUAUAUUUCAUCAAAAAUCUAGAUUCUGUGGUCUCUUGAUUUUUAGAAGUUCGUGUAAAUAAAUCCAGUGGAAAAUUAUUGAUUUUCACGAUUUUCAGCAAAUUUCUAGCAGAAAUCAUGAAUUUACACACUUUCCAACCUAAAUUUAAUGAUUUUUUGUUAAAAAAAUCACAAUUUAAAGUAUUUUCUCCCCGCAAAACCUCAAAACCAAUUUUUCCAGGAACCGCAUUCGUCCAUUUCUCAACCCCAUUAGAAGCCUCAAAUUGCAUCGAUGGAAUCGAAGAAGGUCUCAUCAUUGACAAUCGAUUAAUCAAAGCGAAUCUGGCAAUUCCGCGAAAAGAAGCAGUCGAUAUGGAAAAGGAUAAAUUGACAAAAGUGCCGAAAGAUAAACGGAAUUUGCGAUUGGUUCGAUUUGGAUUGAUUCGAGCUGGAACUGAAGUGGCAAAAGGGAUGAGUAAAGAAGAUGCGGCAAAAAGAGAACGAUUGGCUGAGGCAAUGAGAAAGAAAUUGGAGAAUACUAAUAUGUGAGGGAUUUUAAAAAAUUUGGAUUUCAGGCUAUAAAAAUCUGAAUUUCCACUUAAAUUUAAGCAAAAAAUUAGAUUCGUGUUUCGGAAAAAAAUCUGAUUAAAAAAUGUUUUUUAACAAAAAUUAAUUCACGAAAAAGACAAAAAAUGUCGAAAAAAUAUUGUAGAUCAAAAUUUUUUCGAGUUUUACAGUCAAAAAUGAUGACAAAUCGAGAUUUUCGAAGAUUCUGGAGUGAUUUCUGAUUAAAAUUGAACUGCCGAAGGUUUUGCUGAUUUUUCUUAAAUUUAAAAAUCUUCGAAUUUUGAUUCAUUUUGAAAAAAUCAAUAAAAUGAGGUGAAAUAUGGUUCUUGAAGCUUUUAACCCUAUUCUACCUCAUUUUAUUAAUUUUUUUCAAAAUUCAUCGAAAUUUGAAUUUUUUUUUAUUUUACGAAAAAUUAAAAACUUCUGAAGGUCAAUUUCCAUCAGAAAUCACUCCAGAAUCUUCAAAAAUCCCGACUUGUCAUCAUUUUUGGCUGAAAAACUCGAAAAACUAAUUUUUUCUUGACUUUUCGUGAAUUGAUUUUUCAGUGAAUAUUUUGGCUGAACACUUCAAAAGUCCCCGAAUUUUUGCAGGUUUGUGUCUCCAGUUCGUCUCUGUGUUCACAAUCUCCCACAACGAAUCAACGAUGAAAAAUUGCGUGAAAUCGCCCAAAAAGCCUCAAUUUCUGGUGCAACAAUCACCGAAUGUCGUGUUUGGAUGGAUAAAAAUCGAUUGACCGCCGAUAAAAAACCAAAAUCUGCUGGUUUCGGAUUUGUGGCCUUUAAAGAACACGACCAGGCGUUGGCUUGUUUGAAAGGCCUCAAUAAUAAUCCGGAUAUUUUUGGCAAGGAGUCCAGGCCGAUUGUUGAGUUUUCGAUUGAGAAUUUGAUGGCGUUGCAGGCUAGGGUGAGUGAUUUUUGGGGGGAGAAAAUUCGUUGAGGUUUUGCUCCAAAUUUCACCCAAUUUUUAAGUGGAAGUUUUGAAACGGUUAAGUUUUUUAUUCAAAAUUUUGGAAGAUUUGGUAAUACAAUCGUUUUUCUUUCAAAUUCCAAUUUUUAUAUGAAAGUUUUGAAACAGUGAAUUUUUUUUGAAUAAAAAAUCCUGAAAAUUAGAAUUUUUCAUAGAAUUUGGAGCAUUUUGAGCUCAAAUAUGAUUUAUUUGGAAGCGGAGAGUUAAAAAUAAAAUAACAUUUUCUCGAAAAAAUAAAAUUUUGAAGUGAAAGUUUUGAAACAGUGAAGUUUUUUAUUCAAAAUUUCGGAAGAUUUGGUAGAAUAAUCGUUUUUCUUUCAAAUUUCCAAUUUUUAUAUGGAAAUUUUGAAACAGUGAAUUUUUUUCGGAGCAAAAAUCCUGAAAUUUUGAAUUUUUCAUGAUUUUUUUGAGCAUUUUGAGCUCAAAAAUGGCUCUAAUUCCACGUGGAAAAAAUUGGUUUUGAAAAAUUGGUUUUUUAAUACAAAAUUACCUAGAUUUCAUCCUGAAAAUGAAAAUUUUAAUCUUUGUGAAUAGAACCCAUCAUUUUUCUUCAAAAUUCCAAUUUCUAUAUGAAAAUUUUGAAACAGUGAAUUUUUUUCGAUGCAAAAAUCCUGAAAAUUUGAAUUUUUCAUAAGAUUUGAAGCAUUUUGAGAUCAAUUAUGAUUUAUUUAGAAGCGGUUUAAAAGAAAUAACAUUUUCUCUCAAAAAUAAAAUUUUUAAGUGAAAGUUUUGAAACAGUGAAUUUUUUUGAACCAAAAUUUCUGAAAAUUUGAAUUUUUCUUUAAAUUCGGAGCAUUUUGAGCUCAAACAUGGCUCGAAUUCCACGUGGAAAAUUUUGGUUUUGAAAAUUGGUUUUUAGCACAAAAUUUACUAGAUUUCAACCUGAAAAUGAAAAAUACUAUUAUUUUCAAUACACCGACUGAACCCAUCAUUUUUCUUUCAAAUUCCAAUUUUUAUAUGAAAAAUUUUGAAACAGUGAAUUUUUUUUGAAUAAAAAAUCCUGAAAAUUUGAAUUGUUGAUGAAAUUUGGAGCAUUUUGGGCGUAAUUUCAUUGGUUUUGAAAAAUUAAUCAUUUUUGCUCGUCUCACACCAGGUUUAACAUUUUCUCACAAAAAUAAAUUUUUUUAUUAAAAAUUUUGAAACGUAAUUUUUUUUUGGAAUAUAAAAAUUCAAUUUUUUAGCCGAAAAAUCCAAUUAAAUCUCAAUUUCCAGGCUCGUCGAAGUGUGAAAGUGUCUGAAGAGAAAAUGAGCGAAAGAGUUAUGAACGAGAAAAUCCGGCAACAAGUCAAACAAUCGAUUGGCGAAGUCCAUACAGCCGGAAUGAAAUUCUUGCCCAAAUUCACUGGUGUCAAGAUUCGACAUCGAAAUUUGACUGGAAAAGCCAAGAAGAAGGUUGAGGCGAAAAAUCGAUCGGUAAGCGAAUUUUUGGGGGCUGAGAUUUGGAGCAUUUUGAGCUUUUGAAGCGGGAAAUACACGAAAAUUUGAAUUUUUCAUGAAAUUUGGAGCAUUUUGAGCUCAAACGUGGCUAUAAUUCCACGUGGAACAUUUUGAUUUUUUAAAAUUGUUAAUUUUUUGGAUCAUAUUAACAUUUUCUUUCAAAAAAUCAAAUUUUUAAGAGAAAAUUUUGAAACAGUAAAUUUAGUUCGAAUGAAAUUUUCUUAAAAUUGGAAAUUUCAAUAGAUUUUUUGUAUUUUUCAUGAAAUGUGGAGCAUUUUGAGCUCAAACAAGACUCUGUGUUCCACGUGGAAAAUUUUGAACUUUAAAAAUUGGUUUUUUUUCAUUAAAGCUGUCAAUUGCAACAUUUUCUCUCAAAAUUCCAAUUUUUAAGAGAAAAUUUUGAAACAGUAAUUUUUUUUGGAAUAAAAUUUUCUGAAAAAUUAGGCAAUUUCAGCAAAUUCUUUGAAUUUGAUAUGAAAUUUGGAGCAUUUUGAGCUUAAACAUGACUCGAUUUCCGCGUGUAACUCCAACACUACAACAUUUUCUCUCAAAAAAUCAAAUUUUCAAGUGAAAAUUUAGAAACAGUAAAUUUUUUUCAAAAAAAAUUUUCCGAAAAUUAGGCAAUUUCGAUAGAUUUUUUGAAUUUGACAUGAAAUUUGGAGCAUUUCGAGCUCAAACAGCAAUUUUCUUCCACGUGGAAAAUUUUGAAUCUUAAAAAUUGAUUCCAUAGAAAUUGUGGUAUCAUUUUCUCUCAGAAAAUCAAAUUUUUAAGAGAAAAUUUUGAAACAGUGAAUUUUCUAAAUUCAAAAUUUCCUGAAAAUUGAGAAAUUUCAAUAGAUUUUUUGAAUUUGACAUGAAAUUUGGAGCAUUUUGAGCUCAAACACCGUUAUUUUUCCAUGUGAAAAAAUUAACACCACAACAUUUUCUCUCAAAAAAUCAAAUUUUUAAGUGAAAAUUUUGAAACAGUAAAUGUUUUUCAAAUAAAAUUUUCUGAAAAUUAGGCAAUUUCAAUAAUUUUUUUGAAUUUUUCAUGAAAUUUAGAGCAUUUUGAGCUCAAACACCGUUAUUUUUCCAUGUGAAAAAAUUAACACCACAACAUUUUCUCUCAAAAAAUCAAAUUUUUAAGUGAAAAUUUUGAAACAGUAAAUUUUUUUCGAAUAAAAUUUUCUGAAAAUUAGGCAAUUUCGAUAGAUUUUUUGAAUUUGACAUGAAAUUUGGAGCAUUUUGAGCUCAAACACCGUUAUUUUCCCAUGUGAAAAAUCGACCCUACAACAUUUUCUCCUGAAACGGUAAAUUCUUUUUGAAUAAAUUUUUCAUAAAAUUUGGAGCAUUUCGAGCUCAAACACCGUUCUUUUUCCACGUGUAAAACUACACUCUAGUCGAUGUCUAUAAUUAUUUCGCAACACCUCAAAAAUGUCCAGUAAACAACAAAUACUUCUCACUAUCUCUAAACUCUCUAAUUUUCCCAUGCACUCUCGCAGUUUUUUCUUCGGCCAAAAUGUAGUCUUUUUUCUCCACAGAAAAAUAAAACAUACACUUUUUUGUCAUCAUUUGAUGAUUUUACUUGGUUUUUCAUCAUUUUACUCUGGGGAAUGUUAUAAAUUGGCUGGAUUCACGCCAUUUUAUGAAUUUUUUCCAUUGAAAAAUUUCACUGUUUCAAGAAAAAAUUGUUUUUUCAAUUUUCUUCACAAACUUAAUUUGUUUGAAUUUUCUAACUACAAAAAUUCACUGUUUCAAAAUUUUUAUUAGUUGUGUAAUUUCGAUUUCAAAACGUUGGAACACCCAAUAAAUUUAGUCUCCAAAAAAAAUAAAAAUAAAUUUAGUCUCCAAAAAUUUUUCAAGCAAAAUCUCAAAUGAGAUUUUGCUUGAAAAAUUCAUCAAAAAUCUGAAUUUUCUUCAUUCUUUUGUCUUUAAAAAAUUCCACUGUUUCAAAAAAUUCUUUUUCAAUUUUUUUUCACAAAAUUUAUUCGAUUCAAGGUUUUUUUCCUUUUUCGAAAAAAAAUUUUCUGAUAAAUUCCUGAAUCACUAAAUUUCCUAACUACAAAAAUUCACUGUUUCAAAAUUUUUAUUAUUAAAAAUUCUAAAAUCAAUUUUCAAUACAUUAAUGAUUUUUUUCAAAAUCACACGAAAAUCUAUUCCACGCUCCACUUUUUUGUUCAAAGUUCAAUUUUCAGGCUAAAUAAGCCUAGACUAGGCUCAGGCUUAAUAAUAGGCCUAAAGAUGAGAAUUUUGAACAAAAAUCUAUAUUUUCUUCAUUCUUGUGUCAUUGAAAAAAUUUACUGUUUCAAAAUUUUUAUUAUUAAAAAUUUUAAAACAAUUUUCAUUAUAUUUCCAAAUUACGCCAAAAAUCUAAUCCACGUGGCUUCAAAAAAUUCACUGUUUCAAAAAAUAUUCAAUAUUUUUCAUAGAACUACAAAAAAUGAUAGGACAAAACAACAUUUUUCCCCUAACCUCAUUUGGUGUCAAAAAACGUGGAUUUUUUGCCACGUGGCCAAGUUCGCCUAACUCAUUCCCGAAUUUCAGAAACAAUCCAAAGCCGGCGCUCCACCACCGGCACCAAGUAAAAGUCUGAAGAAGAAAUCGAUGAAAAAUGUGACGAAAUAUUUAUCGCUUAGCGCCUAG